CGUAAGUAGCCUGAUCUUCGAAAGAGUAGUUGUUUUCCUAUUCAUAUGAGGAUGGGCCAAGCAAGAACUCACAGAUCUCACUUUUAUGUGAUUCCUCCCAUCUCCAUCAUCGGGUUGUUGUCAGUCUGACACAUUCCCAAUCGACAUUACGCUCUGUGUCCAUGAUGCUUGAGCCACGGGCAGCAGCUGGGCUGCCUCACAAUCCACAUGGACAAGGCCUCGCGACUGUCAGCAUCAUCAUGUGCUGCAUCGCAGCAUUCCUGGUGGUCAGUCGACUGCUUGUUCGGUUUUUGCACAAUCGCAUGACCGGAUGGGAUGAUUAUACUCUGGUAGUCUCCAUGAUGCUGGCCAUCGGAAUGACCGUCUGCUAUAACAUGGAGGUCUAUCACGGUAUGGGCCUGCAUACGAAACAGGUCGACGCCCACCAGCGUAUGCUGGCUUACGAGUGGUUGUGGGCAGCACAGUUAUUAUAUAAAUUCGCCAAUGGCACCACCAAGAUCUCCAUUGUGCUUCUAUACCUUCGGAUCUUCCCCAGCAGAAUGUUCAAAAUCGUUUCCUGGGCGGUCAUUGCCUAUGUGAUGGCGUAUUGCACUGCGGCCGUAUGCACGAGUAUCUGGCAAUGCAAACCAAUUGCCAAAGCAUGGAACAAGACCAUGCCGGGCCACUGCAUCGACAUCGGCCAGCUGUGGUAUGCAAACUCGGCCUUUACCAUCUUCGCCGACCUGCUCCUCAUCGCCAUGCCGAUGAAGCAAAUCGCCAAGCUGAAGUUGCCGAUAUCCCAGAAGUUGGGUUUGAUUUUUGUGUUUAGCUUGGGUAUUUUUGUGAUGGUAUGCACCAUCAUUCGGUGUGUCAUGCUCGGUCCAACAACGUCUAAAAAAGACUCACUUUACUACCAAGCUGAGUCCAACAGCUGGACAUUCCUCGAGGUCGACGUCUCCAUCAUCUGCGCCUCGUUGCCAAUCCUAAAAGCACCUUUGCAACGAUUGCUUCCUCGCGUUUUUGGCACGAAAUCCUCUGCGGCCAAGUCGGCCGACUACUCAAAGUCGACCUCAUACAAAGCCGGCGUCGAAGGCCCGAAUAUUGCGAUGAAUAGUAGUCGCCGAUCUGGUCUGCCUGCGAAGAGUGACACGGCCAGUGAUGAGGAACAGAUGAUCGAAUCUGGUGGGAUCAUGAAGACAACGAAUGUGACGCUGGAUUAUGAAGAGGUGGACCUUGACAAAGACUCCGAGAGGAAGCACGGCAGACGGGAGUUUGACUUUUUCAGUUGAAUCAGGGACUGCUUGUCAAGGGGCCAACCGUUCUAAAGUCAAUGUACAAAAUCAUUAUGCCAGGAGAAUUUCCCCGUGAAAUCGAGUCAGACAGUCGGCCUCGAUGUUCGACGACGGUCCUACAGCCAUAUGUCGAAGAGCGCUGUGGCGAGACACGACCAUGUGCGCAUACCUUGACCAA